CUUAUAAAGUAAAUACAGAAUCUGCAAACCGUAUGGUUCAAGAAUAUCUAGAAGAUAUUGGAGAUGAAGCUUCUUUCAGAAUUGCAAAGUAAACAAUUAAAGCAAUGGCACACGGUUUAUUAAAAUGUCCGAUUUUUCACUUAGCAGAAAAACUUUCUCAAAACAAUAGAAAAGUAUUUCAUUACACCUUUAAUCACACUCGGAUCAAAUCCCCAAUAAAGAAAUGGAUGGGGAUACCUCAAAAUGAGGUAAACCCAUCCAUUUUGAGGAUGUGUAUUGUUUUUGGGAAAUCUUUCAGCAGAGUAAAUGAUUACACAGGAGAGGAAAUGAAAUUCAGUAAAAGAACAAUUAAAUUAUGGGCAUCGUUUGCGAAAACGGGGAAGCCUUCGUAUAAUGGAAUGGAAAAAGAAUGAUUAGAAUUUGAUGAAAAGGAACGAAGAUCUCUCUCCGACUUUAGGAAAUAUCCAUCUUACAAAACUAGAAGAUGAAAAGAGCAAAUUUUGGAAAGAAUUUUAUGAUUAUAACUAAAUUAAAUUAAAUUUUUUUUUGUGGAAUUAUGAUUGUUGUUAAA